AUGAUCAAGGUCAACACCAACAGAGGGCUCCAGGCUAGUCUGAGGAUGCUGCAGGAGGCUGGAAGAGAAGGGCAGUACAUGUCAGGGAGUACUGGCCCCCGCGUGGGUGUGCUCAGGAGCCAGGGGGCCUGCGUGAGACGGGCUCUGUACCUGCUUCGGGGUGGCAGGCAGGCGCAAGGGAUCAGCAGUGUGAAUCAGCUGGGGGGGCUCUUUGUGAAUGGUCGGCCUCUGCCCCUGGAUACCCGGCAGCAGAUCGUGCGGCUGGCCGUCAGCGGGAUGCGGCCCUGUGACAUCUCACGGAGCCUUAAGGUAUCUAACGGUUGUGUGAGCAAGAUCCUAGGGCGUUACUACCGCACAGGUGUCUUGGAGCCCAAGGGGAUUGGGGGAAGCAAGCCGCGCCUGGCCACACCACCUGUGGUGGCUCGAAUCGCCCAGCUGAAGGGUGAGUGCCCGGCCCUCUUCGCCUGGGAGAUCCAACGCCAGCUCUGUGCCGAAGGGCUUUGCACCCAGGACAAGACUCCCAGUGUCUCCUCCAUCAACCGAGUCCUGCGGGCGAUACAGGAGGACCAGAGAUUCCCCGGGGCACAGCUCAGGUUGCCAGCUGUUUUGGCUCCAGUUCCUCCAACGCCUCCUAUUGGCUCCGAGGCGCCCCGGGGUCCCCACCCAGGGACAGUCCACCGGAAUCGGACGAUCUUCUCCCCAGGCCAAGCUGAGGCGCUGGAGAAAGAGUUCCAGCGUGGGCAGUACCCUGACUCAGUGGCCCGUGGGAAGCUGGCUGCUGCCACCUCUCUGCCUGAAGACACGGUGAGGAUCUGGUUUUCCAACCGAAGAGCCAAAUGGCGCCGACAAGAGAAGCUCAAGGGGGAAAUGCGGUUUCCAGGUGCUUCCCGGGACCUGACUGUACCAAGUGCCUCCCCAGGGACCAUCUCUGCACAGCAAUCCCCCUGCAGUGUGUCCACAGCAGUCCUACCUGCCCUGGAACCCUUGGCUCCCUCCAGCUAUCCGCGGUUCUGGGGGACAGCAUCAGACAGAUGUCUGAGUGACACUCCGCCACAAGCCUGUCUGAAGCCCUGCUGGGGUAAGAAUCCAGGCCAGCCGAGCUCCCUGGAUCCACUCCUGCUUUGCCAACCUUGCCCUUCCUUCCUCUGCCCCAUCGCCAGUCUUGGUACCCAUCAGGUCUUGCUCUGGCCUGGCUCCCCACUUCGAGGCCUGGGAUGA